UCAGUCAGGCAGCUGCGUCUUGGGUCGAGUCAGCGGUAGCUCGCCUGCAGCCCAGCUGGAGGGAUGAAGGCCCACUGGUGGAGCUGCGUGUUGGGGUUACUCUGCAUGCCUUCUGGGGUAACGCUCAGCGACUCGAAAGUUUCCCAAGACCCCACGUCCAUCUCUCUAACGAGAGUCAACUCCUCUGCUGAGAUCACCUGCUCCACGUUGCGGUCGGACCCGUUGAGCUUGUCCCUGCACAUGCGUUUUCCCAACACAAAGCAGAUUGCGUUCCUGGCCUUGAAGAACGGACUGGUGAGCAAGACCACGGCAGGCGCAGGAUUCCGCGGCCGGAUUCGCGCAGCUCCGGGCCAGUGGAUCGGGGACGGCCACGGGUUCACCGUGCAGCUGUCUCUGCUGGGACUGGAGGACACGAACCUGUAUUACUGCAGCUGGGAGUUCUUCAAAAAAGAGACGGCGACCUCUGAGACCCUGUCCAGCAAUGGCACUGUUAUAAUUGUCAGAGAGAGAGACCCCCAGGAGCAAUGCAGGGACCACAUCCUGGAUCGCAUCAUGAUUGGUUUGAGCUUGGCAGCGUUCUGCAUCGUACUGUUCCUCUGCGUCGCAGCGCUGAUCGUGAGACGCAAACGAUUCAGAAGGCGCUUCAGACCAGCCAGAGCCGCACCACCGACCAGACCCAACAGGCCUCAGCACAGCUGUCCUCAGCAUAGAGUUCAAUGUGACCCUUACUUAGUGACAUCUGUAAAUUCUUCGUAUUACAGAGGCAUUCUGUAAUGCUGAGAGUCGAUGAUGAUGUUAAGAGAUGACGAUUCUUUGAAACUGGUCGCCUGUAGAGUAGAUUUACUGAGCGAUGGGGUUGGUAACAGAUGAUUGAGAUAUAAUUGAGUCAGCGGCUCGGCUGACGUGCUACAUCCAGUAAAAGGUGUCUCACGUAUUGCUCUGCUUCUUUCCAUUUCCUUUUAUACAAAAAUGUGUAGAAUCUGCAGAAAAGGUGAUUGAGCUACCACAUCCUGGCUGGUGUGGGGUGUACAGGUGUUUCGUGAAUAAACUGCAGAGCGAGCGCUUUUGUUGCUCCCUUGUGCUUAAUUACACGCGAGCUUGAUCUGUUGACUCGUGUGCUUGUUCUAUGUGGUUCCUUUCAAUUUCCUUUGAACUUUCAAACGAAUGUGAACCACACGUUUUCUGUCUGAAUCGAUAUGUACAUUGAAUCUGAACUUUUUCCAAAUUUGAUGUUCCUUUGAAGAGUCUUAAAAAUACAAAUAAAAGUUUUUUUUUAAACCACCACUGUUUCCGUAUUCAGGAAAAAAAAAAAGAAAAUCCACCUCAAAAUGUCAUUUACAUAAUAUUUGUUAGUAUUACACCAUGCAGACUUGUCGGGUGGCAACUUUCUUUCAACACGUAGGCUAAAGUACCAGUUGUUAUUAUCACAUGACAAAUGAAUUCACACACAUACCUAGAUAAUAUACUAUUUCGGUAAUGCAAGCUGUCAGUCAAUGAUAGUUCCCGUCGAGGAAAAGAGCUAAUUCAUUUUGUACAUUGUCCAUGUGGAACCUUACGUGCUGAAUAGUCGUUGUUCCACGGACCGAUAUGAGUGUGACACAAGGUCCAGCCUUGAAAACAGUCUGUUCUGUUUACAACUAUGUGAUAAACUUCAUAUUUGUGAAAUAAAGAAGCGCGGCUCAAAACGCGUGCAUGUAGGCAACUGUUAGCAACAUUUAGCUACGUGUUAGUACCGGUUGAGAACACGCAGCCCAGGAAAGAUGGACGUUUUUCACCUUGGCUUUUGCUCUCAGUCCUGCUGACUGUCCAAAGCUCAUAGCAUAGGCAGGAAUGUUGAGCUGAUUAACGAAUACCAGGAACACAACGCAGUGGGUUUCACUAUUUCUUGAUUUAAAGCCAGGCGGCUUGUCCGUAGACACCGGAGGAAAUGAGCGGCCAUAAGAUGCUGUUUUCCGGGUUGAAGCUGUGGACAGCAGGAAGAAGUAGAUGGAUAAGUCGACUUCAUGAUGAUUGCAGCACGAAGGUGUGUAUUGUAGGAAGCGGUCCAGCAGGUUUCUACACGGCGCAGCAUUUGAUCAAGGCACGUCAAGAUGUUGAGGUGGACAUUUAUGAGCGGCUGCCCGUCCCCUUCGGUCUGGUCAGGUUCGGGGUGGCCCCUGAUCAUCCUGAAGUCAAGAACGUCAUCAACACGUUCACGCAGACAGCCCGACAGUCGCGCUGUCAUUUCUACGGUAACGUGAGUGUGGGGACGGAUGUGAGCGUUGAGGAGCUGAGGCACGCCUACCACGCAGUCAUACUGAGUUACGGGGCCGAGGGAAACAGGAGUAUGGGGGUGCCGGGAGAAGACUUGGCCGGGGUGCACGCUGCCAAAGACUUUGUGGGCUGGUACAACGGGCUGCCCAGCUGUCGAGAGGUACGCCUCAUAGGCUGUGUCCGUCAACUAGUGGAUGUUGACUGCGGUGUGACAAACGUCCUCCCACCGCACGUGAAAUGUGAUUAUGAGAGAAGUCAUAUUUUCCCCCUCUCUGCUGUCGGUUCUGCUCCUUUUUUAUCUUUAUCUUUGUCCGUUCAGCUGAGACCAGACCUGAGCUGUGAAACGGCAGUCAUUCUGGGACAGGGCAACGUGGCCUUGGAUGUAGCCAGAGUCCUGUUGGCUCCCCUUGACAUUUUGAAGAAGACUGACAUUACCCAACCGGCCCUGGAAGCCCUGGCAGAGAGCCAGGUCCGCAGGGUGCUGAUCGUUGGCAGGAGAGGACCCAUGCAGGUGGCUUGCACAAUCAAGGAGCUGAGAGAAAUGGUGAACCUGCCGAACACCAGACCUGAGUUGAUGGCGGCAGAUUUUGAGGGCGUCGCAGAGGCUCUCAAAGGUAGGAAAUGAGAUUGUAUCUUCAUAUUUCACUUCCUUUUUGACUGCCUCGCCAUCAUUCCGCUCUCUUCUUGAACCAGUGUGGAGACCAGGGCCUAAGAAUGAGCAUAGUGCACA